GGAGGUUGGGCUCAUACUCUGCGCUGCUUGAAAGUAGCCAUGGAUAUCGAUGGCGAUCUGCUCGCCCACGACGGCAAGUCUUUCGACGGUCUCGUUCGCGAUGACGAUUCAGCCUCCAAAUCGAAACAAUACUUCACCACGAUCCAACUACUUAAGAUGUUCAGGAAGCACAUUGCUGUAGCCCCGCGUGAUUUGGCGGAGAUGCGUCAGCAUUGGGCCAAGACGUAUCGUGGGCAGCAGUCAGCUCGUCCAGGCCGCUUCAGUCUGGCGACACAACAAAGCCUGAACGAGAACUGGAAUAGGCUUGAGGCACAUGCGGGUGAAAUACAUUCUGGCCUGGUACGAUUGAGUCGCGACAUCGAGACCGAAGCUAGGGAAGCCUGGCGCGAUGUAAGUACGAGCACCAGAUGAUCAUCAUGAGCAAGCCGCUGCCAGCACAGACGAUAUCCUGGUCAUCUUGGCAAGUCUUGCAUCCAGGGGGCUUGUUCGCUGGCGCCGGUGCCAGUCUGGCAAUCUAUUGGAUUUUCUCAGCCAUGAGAAGAACGUAGUCCGCCAUCAAGUCAUACAGGGUGUCGGGUUGCUUACAUAGCGAAAGGCUGCAACUUGAGUCGUUGUUCAUUUAUGUCGGAGUCCGCUCAUGGUAGGACCCAGUUGGGCACGGCUCGUGCCGUUGAGCCUGGCGCGCAGCAUCUGCCGU